ACGUCAUGGAAGCUAGCUUCCGUGUCGGGACUGUCGCUGCUACCUGGGUGAGGACACAACAACAAUAAGAAGGCUUCGCGGUAGCAGAGUGAGCUAACUGAGGUAUUUCGUUGGAAAGGAAAAAGACAACGCAUUUAUUGUGAAAGGACGUGGGCGGAAAAGUGUCGUUUGUACUGGGUGAACGUGAGUGUGGCGCUGUUGCUGAAGUGCAGCCAUGCUGGUUCCGGUUCCAACUGCUUCGGCUGCCGUGUGAAGGUGUGAGUUGGUCCUGGGUCCGUGAGCUGCUCGUCAUGAUGCCGGAGCGGUGCCGGGUGACCGUGGUGGCCGAUCUCUUCUUCAGCAGGAAACACCGACUUGAGGAGGGGGAGCCGGAGGAAGAGGAGGAGAGGAUCCACUGUCUGUGCUCCAGAGCCUUCGUACAGGAUCGGGAGCUGUACCGCUCUGACAACAGACUGCUGCCCCCUCAACAGACACACACUGUAGUCCAAGGAGCAGGUGAUGAUGAUGAUGACGAGGAGGAGGAAGAGGAGGACAAGGAGGAAGAGGAGGCUGAGGAUGUGCUGGAUGAAGAGGCUCACCUGAUGGCCAGCAUGGGUCUGCCUCUGGCCUUCGUCAGCUCCGCUGGCCGGAGGAGAGCAGGGAGGAGGUUGGCCACAUACCAGAAGGAACCAGCUGAGGAGGAGGAAGAAGAAAACCAGCUACAGGUCGACAACAAAGUUAAUGAAGAGGAAGUGUGUGAUCCACUGGAGGAAGGAGGAGGAGGGGUCCAAGAUGCUGGCUGGGAAACCUACUGGGCUCAACAGGGUGAAUCUCUGCUGUGGAGCAGCUGGCUGGAGAAACAUCCAGAGACUGAGCUGCUGUCUGCAGAAGAACCAGGAACAGUUACUGCACCUUGGGACGACCCAGAAACAAGGGCUGUAUGGGACAAACACGCUGCAGACACCUACUACUCCUACUGGGAGCAGUAUUCUUACUGGACCGCAGAGGGCUGGACCACUGACCAGUCUGUCUGUAGUGGGAUCACUGGUGGUGUAGAAGCAGCAGGGGUGAUGGACUCAGCGGAACUGCAGGAUGGGGAGAAUGGAGCCGAGAGCCAACAGAGGGAAGAAGAAGUGAAGGCUCUUCACGAGGACGUUGAGGUUUUGAAAGACCUGCUUGGACAGAAAUGCACAUUGGAAGCAGCUGGGAGCUCAGUGACUGACUCAAAGACACACGGAGAGUGUGAGAGUGGGACUGAUAUCAAAGAGCAGUCAGAGGAUCAGCUCUGCGGCUCUGAUGAUCCUUCUGAUGGAGGGAAUGAUCGCAAAAGACCUGCUCAAAAGUCCUCCUCACAGCAGGACACGGCUAAACAUACAGAAUCCCAACAGGCUGCUAUCAGCCCCGACAGACGGCACGGCUCAAGGAAUAAGAUGUCCGAACGAGAAGAUGACGACGAGGAUGACAAACCCCCAGGAGGAGGACAUGCUAAAGUCAAACGCAGUCACGAGCUGGACGUGGAGGAGAGCCCCCGCCUGACGCCUGAAGAAGCUUGGCGUCAACUGGGACUCAAACACAACCCGGAGCCCCAGUUCGACAGUGUGUUGAGCUUUAAAGGUGGUGCCUGUCAGAAGCGUCAGAGGUGGACCAAGAGAGCGGUCCGCAGCGUCAACAAACACACCAGGUUCUCCCAAACAGGAGGAGACGACACACGGCCCAAGGUCUGCUCGGCCCUCUACAAGGUCCAAAACUUCCUUAAAAAGUCACAGGCGAGUCCUUGUGAGCGGGAUGAGUUGGGAUGGAGACGUGCACAGGAGCCUGAGGACAACCCUCCAUUUCUGGCAGAAGAGGAGAAGACGGAGUUGAAGAGUGCCACGAAAGGAGAAGAGGCUUUGGAAGAAGAGAGUUCCAAUUCUCUGUCCGGUUCGGAUGCAGACAGGAUGAAGUACACUCAGCCCAGCGCUGUUAGUAGCGAGGAGGAGAAAGAGGAGCAGCAGGAGCAGCCUGGUAGACAGUUAACAUAUCCAGAAGCUCCUGACUUUCUCCUGCCUGAGGCGCCUGAAGACAACCGCGAGUCCAGUGUGAAAGAUGGAAAGAAGCAGAAGCAGAAGAAGGGUAAGCGGAGGAAGAAGCAGCAGGUCCCGGCGGACAUGGCAGAUGAACCGGAGUUGGCCAAGUACUGGGCUCAACGCUACAGACUCUUCUCUCGCUUCGAUGAAGGGAUCAGGCUGGACCGAGAGGGCUGGUUCUCCGUGACGCCGGAGAGGAUCGCUGAGCAUAUCGCCCUCCGGGUGCAGCACAGCUUCUGUGACUCUCAGCUGGUCAUAGACGCCUUCUGUGGCGUGGGAGGAAACGCCAUCCAGUUCGCCCUCACUGGAAAGAGAGUCCUGGCCGUCGACAUCGACCCGGUGCGGUUGAGCUUGGCGCGGCACAAUGCAACGGUGUACGGCGUGGCCGAUCAAAUUGAAUUCCUGCAAGGGGACUUCCUUCAGCUGGCGCCGCGUCUCCGUGGCGACGUGGUCUUCCUGUCACCACCGUGGGGAGGACCAGACUACCUGACAGCGGAGGUGUUUGACAUCAGGACCAUGAUGGAACCUGAUGGAUUUGAGAUUUUCCGCCUGGCCAAACUGAUAUCAGGGAACAUCGUGUACUUCCUUCCUCGCAACGCUGACAUGGAUCAGAUCGCCUCUCUGGCUGGUCCAGGGGGGAAGGUGGAGGUGGAGCAGAACCUGCUCAACAACAAGCUGAAGACGGUGACAGCUUACUUCGGCAGCUUGAUCACAUCCGACAGCCAGUGACCUUGGGGGCGUUCCCUCUCCACCAACAGGGAGCGGAACAAAGAAAUCUGUUCCUAUACUCCAGAUCCUUCUUUCUGGCCUGUCACACGUUAUUCUAUCCAGGGAUCUAUUCGAAAGUUUGACUCGCAUUUUCCUGUUUGUUUUUUUUUAAUACCGAUUUUGAAAUGAGCAAGUACGAAAAAUUUCACGCUUAAUCAGAUGGUCAGAAAUUCCUGUUUCCGAGCCACUUCUGAGUUUUCUGCACCUGCUUUAUAAGUUUUACUACUAUUCAUAUUUUAUCCUUUUUACUGUACAUUAGAACCAAUAAAUGUUUUUUCAGAA